AUGGCGUUGGGCAAGGUGAAGGAGCUCGUCUCGUCCAAUCCGGUAGUCAUCUUCAGCAACAAGUUUUGUCCUUACUAUGUUUGCGUGAAGCAGCUCUUCGUUCUAAAAUUGGGAGUCCAGUACAAGGCCAUUGAAUUGGACCAAGAGAGUGAUGGUAGUGAGAUACAAUCGGCGCUUGCUGAGUGGACUGGACAGCGUACUCUGCCCAAUGUUUUCGUUGGCGGAUACCACAUUGGUGAUUGUGACAGUAAGUUCGACUUGACUCCCUAA